CUGUCCACCCCCAGACAAUACUGCAGUGAGGCCUCUGCCAUCUCCACCAUGCUGGCCUCUGGGCUGCUACUGGCAGCUCUAUUCUUUUGCCUCUCAGCCCUAGUGGUUCUCUCUGUAUGGAAACAGAGGAAGGUCCGCAGCAGCCUUCCCCCUGGGCCUACCCCCCUGCCUUUCAUUGGCAACUACCUGCAGCUCAACAGCCAGCAGAUGUAUGACUCUCUGAUGAAGAUUGGGGAAAAAUAUGGGCCUGUGUUUACAGUCCACCUGGGACAGAGGGCCGUCAUAGUCCUGACUGGGUAUGAGGCCGUGAAGGAGGCACUGGUUGACCAAGCAGAGGAGUUCUCUGGUCGGGGAGAGCAGGCCACCUUUGACUGGCUCUUUAAGGGAUUUGGUGUGGCUUUCAGCAAUGGAGAGAGGGCCCGGCAGCUCCGACGAUUCUCCAUCACCACUCUUAGGGAUUUUGGCAUGGGCAAGAGAGGCAUUGAAGAGCGCAUCCAAGAAGAAGCUGGCUUCCUCAUUGAGGCUCUCCGAGGCACAAAAGGAGCUGCCAUUGACCCCACCUUCUUCUUGAGCCGCACAGUCUCCAAUGUCAUCAGCUCCAUUGUCUUUGGUGAUCGAUUUGAAUAUGAGGACAAACAGUUCCUGUCCCUGUUACGUAUGAUGCUGGGGAGCUUCCAGUUCACAGCCACAUCCAUGGGACAGCUAUAUGAGAUGUUCUCUGGAGUGAUGAAGCACCUGCCAGGGCCUCAGCAGCAAGUGUUCAAGGAACUGCAAGGACUGGAUGAUUUCAUCACUGAGAAGGUCUGCGAGAACCAGGCCACCCUGGACCCUAACUCCCCCCGGAACUUCAUUGACUCCUUCUUGAUCAAGAUGCAAGAGGAAAAGAAAAAUCCCAACACAGAAUUCUUCAUGAGGAACCUGACCAUGACCACCCUAAACCUAUUUUUUGCUGGCACUGAGACUGUUAGCACAACCCUUCGCUAUGGCUUCCUUCUCCUAAUGAAGCAUCCAGAGGUGGAAGCCAAAAUUCAUGAGGAAAUCGAUCGGGUGAUUGGGCGGAACCGAUCACCCAAGUUUGAGGACAAAGCUAAGAUGCCAUACACAGAGGCCGUCAUCCAUGAGAUCCAAAGAUUUGGAGAUAUGAUCCCCAUGGGUCUGGCCCGUAGAGUCACAAAGGACACCAAAUUCCGGGGCUACCUUAUUCCCAAGGGCACAGAAGUUUAUCCCAUGCUGGGUUCAGUACUGAGGGACCGCAACUUCUUUGCCUGCCCUGAAGCCUUCAACCCCCAACACUUCCUGGAUGAAAAGGGCCAGUUCAAGAAGAGUGAUGCCUUUGUCCCCUUCUCCAUUGGCAAACGCUACUGUUUUGGUGAAGGCUUGGCCAGAAUGGAGCUGUUCAUCUUCCUCACCACCAUCCUGCAGAACUUUCACUUCCAGUCUCCAAUCCCAAAAGAGGCCAUCGAUAUCUCCCCCAAGAUGGUGGGCUUUGCCACCAUCCCCCGAAGCUACACCAUCUCAUUCCUGCCAAGAAGCUGAGACUGAGCCCAGAAAGCCACAGCAGAAGCAGGAGGAGCCUGCAGGACUCCUGGGUGGGGUGGCUUAGGAUGUAUUAAUAAAGUCUGAGCCC